UGUAACAAAACGGGCAGCAAACGACGUAAGUGUCAAAGCACACAAAGGCGUGAUGACGACUGAAGGAUCUCUCAAAGCGUCACAACAUGGCAAAAUUUCUUGUUAUUGUCUGCUGUCUUAUAAAGGGCCAAUUGAAUUCAACAGAGGAGUAAUGCUCACAGGUCUGGCGAAAGUGUAACUAAUACAGACUCUGCUCAGCAGUUACCAUGCAUUUCUAAUGAGAGACAUGCAGCCAGAAAGUUAUAUGCAAUGCUUGCUAAGCUCCUGAAGCUGUACGUAUCUACCAAGAUUGAUGUCUCCUUUUCUUUUCCUUUCUGUAUUGUAUUAUUUUAAAUCAUGCAUCCAAUUAUCUAAAUUUUAAAGGAUCUAAACACACUGUAGGAAGACACAGUUAGAAGAUGCCAUCAUAGUCAAAGCCAUUAAUUUGGAUGAAUUUCCUUUUACUAAGUUAUACUGAAAUGAACAUUGUGGGAAAGCUCAAUUUAAUGAUACCGUGGAGUAUAUUCUUGCUUUAUUCACUGCUGUCCUCUUUGCAAGGUAAGAACUUUAUUUCAUUUUUGCAAGCUGAGAGCACGGGAACUUGCAGGUGGCGAGCACUUGUGAGCAUCAGGCUUUCAGAAAGGAGAGCAUCUGUUGCUAGAUUCCUUGUGAAGAGAAGAAGGUUUUGUGAAGACACUUUUGAAAACUUAGGAACUUACUGCAAGCUUUCUCUUUUGAGGAGGACUUCAAGAAACGAGUUUAAUGCAACUCGACAGAAAAGAGAUCUCUUAACAACAGAGGUUCGAGCUACAUCUCCUCAAUUGCACCUAAAUGGGACCUUGACAUGGAGCCCAGCAAGAGGCUUGUGUGCUCAAAAGUGCCUUAAUGGAGCAAGCUGCACAGAGGCAGGUGACUGUGAUUGUCAGUUUUUUCAAGCUCAAGGAAGCAGGUGCCAAAUUGUUCCUAACAAUGGCAAGGACCGAGAUGGGAUUUGCAAAUCAUGGGGACAGUAUCAUUUUGAAACGUUUGAUGGCAUCUACUACUACUUUCCUGGAAAUUGCUCCUAUAUUUUUGCAAAAGACUGCGGUACUCCAGAACCACAUUACACUGUUUGGGUUCAUAACAGUCCUCACUGUCAUGGUUCAGUAUAUUCUUGUCAGAGGUCAAUCAGCUUGUUUUUUUCAAACCAAGAAGAAAUAACUAUUUCAGGACAUGAAGUAAGAAAGGAAGGAAACAGAUUAAUGUUGCCACAGACAGUUGGAAAUGUUUUCUUUGAGAGAUUGGCGGACUAUAUUCUGGUGAAAACUACCUUCGGUUUUUCUCUUGCUUGGGAUGGAAACUCUGGUAUUUAUAUUAAGCUAACAGAAGAACAUCAUGGAAAACCUUGUGGCCUCUGUGGAAAUUUUAAUGGUGAUAAAUAUGAUGACUUGAUACUGCAAAAUAGAGGUGAAUAUACAGAAGACAUUGCUGAAUUUGCAAAUAGCUGGACUGUGCAAAUCUCAGAUGAUGCAGCUUGUGUACCUACUGCCUUAGAUUUUUCCAGUCCUUGCUCAGCUAAUGCAGAAUCCACUGAGGAUAUAUUCUUCAAGUGCCAAAUACUCCUACAAUUUCCUUUUCUCAGCUGUCAUGAGAGCAUAGAUCCAUAUUCUUAUAUUUCUAGCUGUAUGAAUGAUCUUUGCAGGGUGGAUGAUGAUGAAACAUACUGCAGAGCGGUGACAGAGUAUGCUAGAGCAUGCUCCCAUGCUGGGUCCCCUGUGCGAGACUGGAGGGAUGAUUUUCCUGCUUGUACUGAGAAAUGUGAAGACAGCUUUGUACACCGUGAUUGUAUCAGUUGUUGUCCACCAACUUGCACCUUUGAAAAAGAUUGUCUUGGUAGCAACCUAUACUGCUUAGAUGGAUGUUACUGUCCAGAUGGUCUCAUUAUGGAAAAUGGAACUUGUAUCUCCGUGUCAAAUUGUCCUUGUAUUUAUCAUGGAACUGCCUUCCCUGUAGGCACAAAAAUUGAGCAAGAAUGUAGUAAUUGUGUUUGUACUGGUGGCAUUUGGAACUGUACUGAUCAUGAUUGCCCAGCUGAGUGCUCCGUCACAGGUAACUCCCAUUUCACAACAUUUGAUGGACGUCAUUUUACCUUUCUUGGGAUUUGCCAGUACAUUUUAGUAAAAGGCACUGGAAAGAACAAAUUCACAAUCACUUUACAGAAAGCACCUUGUGGACAUAACUUUGACCAUGCCUGCAUUGAGUCUAUAACACUAGUUCUUGAAGAUGAUGUGAGCAAACAAGUAACUCUCACAAGAUACGGUCAAGUCCAAACUGGUCCUAACCAAGGUUUUAACGUUAAUGGAGCUAUUGAAAUUCAGAAUGUAUCUUCUCUGUUUGUUCAACUGAAAACUACUUUUGGUUUGAAGAUACUCUUCGCAAAAGAUGGAGAGAGAAUCUAUGUUCAAGUUGACAUCAGCUGGAAGAGAAGAACGUUGGGACUAUGUGGAACUUACAAUGGGAAUUUAAGAGAUGAUUUUCUUUCUCCAGCAGGGAUGAUAGAAGGGACCCCGCAACUUCAUGCCAAUGCAUGGAAGGUUUCUUCAGCUUGUUCUGUGCCUAUCAAUGUUCCUGUAGUUGAUCCCUGCAACGUUAAUCAGCAAAAUAUUGGAUACGCAUCCUACUGUGAUAUCAUCAAUGAAGAAGUCUUUGCUCCCUGUCAUGCCUACAUCAGUCCAGGAUUAUACUACCAACUAUGUCGCUUUGAUGCCUGCAAAUGUGGCAGCAGCUGUAUGUGUAACUCUCUUGCACACUAUGCUUACGUCUGUGGCAAGCAUGGUGUUUCUGUGGACUUCAGAUCUCAUAUUUCUCACUGUGCUGUGAUGUGUCACAGUGGUAUGCUUUAUCAUCAGUGCUCUUCUUUUUGUAAACACUCCUGUGCUUCACUUUCUAUGGCAAAUAUCUGUGGUGAUGACUGUGCAGAAGGCUGUAACUGUCCUGAUGGGAAAUACUUUGAAGAGUCAGUCAACUUCUGUGUGUCAGUAUCUGCCUGUCGUUGUCAUUACAAGGGCAAAGUCCUACAGCCUGGAGAAAUCCUCCCCUUGCCAACAGGUUCCUGCCAGUGCUUGAACGGAACAGUGAAAUGUAUUGAAGCUACUUCAGAAAACACAGUUCACAUAUGCCCUGAAGGAAAAAUCUACUAUGACUGCAGAUCUCCUGUGCCUGGAUUACCAGCAGCAGGUGUGAAUUGUGGGAUCUCCUGUGCAAACCUUGCCAUGAACUUCUCUUGUGUCCCCUCACCACCCUGUGCCAGCGGCUGUAUUUGCCCCCCUGGGAUGGCUGAGCAUAGAGGGAAGUGUUAUAUUCCUGACAGUUGUCCAUGCACCUGGAAAGAUAGGGAAUUUCUAUCAGGAGAAGUGAUAGCUACGCCUUGUUACACCUGUGUUUGUCGGAGAGGGGUAUUCAAUUGCACUAGUUACCCCUGUCCUGCUGUAUGCACUAUUUAUGGAGAUCGACAUUAUUAUACCUUUGAUGGCCUGGAGUAUGAUUACGCCAGUGACUGCCAAGCUUACCUGCUAAAGAGCACAGACAACUCAAAUAUAUCUGUAAUUGCUCAGAACAAAAAGUGCUUUGAUAAUGAUAUUGUUUGCUCGAAGAAUAUUUUCAUCGCUGUUGGAGACUCUGAGAUUUAUUUUAGUGAACUUUCUGAGAAGCAGAGUACCUUGAGGGGACAGGAAAACAAAUCCAACUAUCAGCUUUGGAUGGCUGGAUAUUAUACUGUGAUACACUUUCCGGAACAGGAUAUUACAAUUCUGUGGGAUAAGAAGACCAUGAUGCAUGUUACAGUUGGACCUCAAUGGAAGGGUAAAUUGGCAGGUUUGUGUGGAAAUUUUGACAAAUACACUUCAAACGACCUGACUACUUCAAACAACAUGGAGGUGAGGAAUGCACAGGUAUUUGGAGACAGCUGGGUGUUAGGACAGUGCAAGAGCCCAAAUGAAACACUAAAACCAUGCGAGGUACAUCAAAACAAGUUCCCUUACGCCAAAAAGGAAUGCUCUAUUUUGUACAGUGAUGUUUUCGCACCUUGUCGCAAUGUGAUUGAUGUGACUUCUUUUGUCAAGAACUGUCAUACAGAUACGUGUAACUGCAAUCUUGGUGGGGACUGUGAGUGUUUGUGUACCAGUAUUGCAGCUUAUGCCCACAAGUGCUGCCAGCAUGGAGCAGUGAUUCAUUGGCGAUCUCCUUCGCUCUGUGCUUAUGACUGUGAAUAUUAUAAUCAAGGUCUUGGUGAAGGACCAUAUAUUUUGGCAAGUUCUGGAGAAAAUGAUACAAUUAUAGGAGCUAAUAUUUCCAGCAGACGAAUAUUUCCCCUGCCUAGAAAUGCAGUGUAUGGAAAUGUAUUUUUCAGUUUCAUGAUAACUCCAGGUCUUUUCAAAGAUAAAGAUUUAUCUCUCUCCCUUGUUUCCCUUGAGUCUGCUGAAAGACCAAACUACUUUCUGUAUGUACAUGCUGAUGAAACUGUUGGAUUGGAGCAAUGGCAGGCAAGUGCCUCCUUCCAAAGACGAGCCACCUUCUUCCACCACCAAGGCCUCUGGAGUCGAGGGCUCAGUGCCUUUGAGCUACACAGUAAAAAAGGCUUUUUCAUCAUUCUCACAUCAUCUGGUAUUAAAGUGGCAAAGUACGAUGAUUCAGAAGAAUUCAAACAUAUGAGUAGCUUUAGUAUUGAAGAACUCAGUGCAUCUGUGCCUUACAGGAAGAUGUGUGAAUGGAGAUAUGAAUCUUGUGCUAAUCCUUGCUUUAAAACAUGUAGUGAUCCCGAAGGAACAGCAUGUAAAUUCCUUCCUCCGGUUGAAGGAUGCUUGCCAUAUUGUCCCAAAAACAUGAUCCUUGAUGAGGUCACACUUAAAUGUGUUUACCCAGAAGACUGCAUACCUGUGAAACCUGUGGAAUCAGCAGCUGGAACAAAACCUUCAUUGUUAAUCUCUCAUCCGGUUGCUACCACGGAGAGAUUUCCUAAGACAUCUCCUAUACAUGUAACUUCAGGGACUGAGUCAUCUGGUACUGAUGUGACAGUCAAAAUUACCAUGAAGGCAAACACAACUUUAGCAGGAAUGAACAUGUCAGCACAGUCUGUUACAGACUUGUACUCACUGGAAGAUACCACCUAUUCAUCAUAUUCAUUUUCAAGUACAGUGGAAACUUCUGAUGUACCUCACAGCACUGCAAGUCCUUCUGUCCUUUCCAAGCUUAUAUCUUCAACAAAUUUUCCAUCUGCUUUUCAAACCUCAUCCAUCACAUCAUAUACUGUCAAUUCUAAUGCAUCUACAACUUCACCCCUUCCAAUAGCAGCUUCAACAACCUUACUCAGUAGAAUUCCUCUUCCAACACAUUCUAUCUUAUUAACACCCAAUUCCCUUGUUGUAUUUCCAUUUCCACUUGAAGUAUCAACCACUCAGCAAGGAACUCUUCGAAGACAGAGUUCUUCAGUAAGUUCUUCAGCAGAAGAUGGAACAGUAUCAGUCAUAUCAGCUGGAAUCGGCACUCAAUCCACUACAUCAAUGAUAGUGAAUACAACAGUGAAUGCUACAUCCUUAAGAACACCUUAUAUUUUUGCAAAAAUACCACCUAGUUCUUCAGCCAGUGUAUUAGUUGCUUCUGACACUACUGUAGACCCUAGGAUUACUGCAAAGACCACAGAUGAUUUAGCUGAUUCAAAGUUUCAUAUGGCUUCAGCUUCAGUUCCUACUACCAUAGAAACACCUAUGUAUGAGUCAUACAGAUCUUUACUUACAUUUGCUCCACCUCAAGCUUCACAGAGCAGUAAAGAAACUCCAAAAACAACAGUCAUGAAAUUGAGUACCACAAGCCCAUUAUCAAAGACAAAAAGUACUUCAUUUGCAACUUCAGAAUUUAAAUAUAUAACCUCAUUUGAAAGAACCGUAGGUAUUUUAGAAAGCAGCCAGACUUCAUAUGUACAAAGAAAUGUAACCAAGGCAAAGUCAACCACAACUGAGAAAUCUUUCCUACCUUAUUUGACAGUUGCUGUAAGUCGGAGUUCGCCUUUUUCGAGCGUAAGGAUAACCUCAGCAAAAAAUCUCUCGGAAGUUCCGGAUGCCAAGACAUCAGAUUGGUCCAAAAUCCUAACACAGACUACCAUUAAACCGUAUUUCAAUUUAACAGAACACACAGAACUGCAGGAUAGAACUUUAAUAGAUUUAUCUCAUUCUAGUGAUGAAAUGGCUCUGUCUUCUUCUUCCCCUGUGGAAACACAAACUUCUCUGGCAAGCAGAGACACAGUGACAACUAUAGCUGACAAAACGUUGUUCAGCACAGUGAUGCAUACACUGAUGUCUUCAUCUUCUGACUGUGUGCCAAGAUACCUUGAACCUGUCGACAAAUGUAGCCAGUAUGUAUGUGUUCAUACGGGCUGGAUGUUAUACAACCUUUCAAAGAACUGCCUUAAGGAUGUGCAGAAGCCAGACUGUGGUUUUCGAGGAAUGCCAGUUCAAGUUGAUAAUGAUAGUUGUUGCCCAGAAUGGGAAUGUCCUUGUCAGUGUUCUGUUCUGUCUGAACUGAGUGUUAUUACGUUUGAUGGAAACAGCAUAGCCCUCUGUAACAUGGCUUCCUACAUUUUAGUCAAGCUACCAGGAGAAACUAUUGUUGCUCAUAUUGAAAAAUGUCCUGCUAAUCAGAGUGCAAAUUCAAUAAGAAAAAUAGUUCCUCCUGCAAGCACUUCAGGGCUCUGUUUUAAGAAAUUAAAUGUAACAACACAUACAUCCGAACUACUUAUCAAUCGUUUAGAAAGAAAAGUAGUGGUGGAUUCUGUAAUCCCAUCCUUACCAUUCUCAAAAGAAGGACUGAGUAUUCAGGAUACCGGUGCAAUGUAUGUCGUUAAUACUCCAGCUGGUAUUAGCAUCAAGUGGGCUCACAUUACGGGCAUCAUAGAUAUACAGUAUGGAUUGCACUCUAACACAUCAAUAAUGACAGAAGGACUUUGUGGGGUGUGUAAUGGAGAUCCUACUGAUGAUCUGAAAACGCAAAACAGAACCAUAAUUACAAAUAUGGAGGAAAUCGAAGUGUUCAUUAAGAGCUGGGAAAUUGAGAAAUCUCUUGAUGUAACAACUAGGAGGCCAGUAAGAAACUGUACUGAAGAUAACUGCACAUAUUGUAUGGAACUGUUAAACAGAAGUUUCUUCAUUCAUUGUCACAAUAAAGUUUCACCACAGGAAUUUUGUGAGAAGAUGUGGAUCAACAGUACUUAUUUUUGGAAUUAUGAGUGUGAUGCACUUUCUGCAUAUGUAGCUUUAUGCAACAAGCACAAUAUCUGCAUUAAAUGGAGGACACCCAGUUACUGUCCACUGAAUUGUCCUGAGGGCAAGGAAUACCAGCCUUGUGUGAAACCCUGUGAAGCCAAGACAUGCUUGAAUAAGUGGUCGUAUGAAGAUUCUACGUGUUCUUAUUUAAGGGAAGACUGUGUGUGUAGAAGUGGCACUGUUCUACAUAGAACAGACUCGGACUUCUGUAUUCCAGAAGAAAAAUGUACAUGUACAGAUAACAGAGGACAACCCCGCUCUGCUGGGGAGAUCUGGAAUGGGUCCACGAGAGGCUGUUGCAUAUACAGCUGCUUAGAAAAUGGAAGUAUUGUUGCUGUAGAACCUGAAUGCAAUGAGGAUCCACCACUGGCUUGUGAAAGAGAAGGAGAAGUGAUUGUCCUUGUCAUGGAAGUAGGGGAUUGCUGUCCAAAAAAAGUUUGUGAAUGUAACAUGUCAUUGUGUGAUACUAUUAUUCCAACAUGCAAAAGCAGUGAAAAACUGAUUGUAGACUACAGCCCCCUGUCCUGCUGUCCACAGUACCGUUGCGAAUGUGAUCCUUCAGUUUGUUUCAAUUCUUCUCAGCUGGACUGCAGAGAAGACCAAUUUAUUGUUGAAGCAAAACUGGAAGAUCCCUGCUGUUUCUCUUAUCUCUGUGUUUGUGAAUCCUGUAUUGAGCCUGUUCCCUUGUGUAAUGAAGGGGAAAUUCUCACCGUAGACCUUCAUACCAUACGUUACUGUUGUCCUCAUUACUACUGUGUUUGUGAUGAAAAUUUUUGUCCUGAGCCUCCUAUGAAUUGCACAGAUGACAUGACACUUGUGAAGGAAAAAAUACCUGGGAAGUGUUGUCCAGAAUGGCACUGUGAAUGUAGUUGUGAAAAUGCUACUACGAUGACAUGCAAAUUGGGAGAAGUUCAAAAAGUAGAUAGUAGUAUUUCCAGUGCUUGUGGAUGCACUCACUACAUUUGUGAGAAGGAUGAUGUGUGCAUCUUCCAAGAGGUAACUGUACUGAAUCCUGGACAAUCAGUGAUUCAGUACUUGGAUGGAGACCUUUGUUACACUGUGCAGUGUUUACAAGAAAAAGAUCACAACACAGGAUACAAUGCCAUGCAUUUUACAACAGUGAACUGUUCCCAGCAAUGUGAAGCACAUCAGUUGUAUAUUCCUUCUUCCAGUCACCAUACUUGCUGUGGUACCUGUCAAAAUGUGUCCUGUUCUGUUCUUACUGAGAAUGGCACACAAAUUGUGUAUGAGGAAGGCAGCACCUGGACAUACAACUGCACAAACUACACAUGUGCAAAGACUGUGCUGGGGGCUAUGAUAGUGGGCUCUGGUGUGGUCUGCCCUCCUUUCAAUGACACUGAGUGCACAAAGAAUGGAGGAAUUGUGCAGACGUACAAUGAUGGCUGCUGCAAGACCUGCAAAAAGGAAGAAAGGAUUUGCCAGAAAAUGACAAUCAGGACAACUAUAAGGAAAAAUGACUGUAUAAGUCAAAGCCCGAUAAAUGUGGCUUCUUGUGAUGGAAAAUGCCCAUCUGCAACAAUUUUCAAUGUCAAUAUUGAUAGUCAUUUAAGAUUCUGUAAAUGUUGUCGAGAACAUGGAACGCGCAAUCUGACUGUGCCUCUACACUGCUCAGGAAACGGCACUGAAAUUAUGUAUGUCAUUCAAGAGCCUGUAGACUGCUCAUGCCAAUGGAACUGAACAUUACUGUGAACAUGAUUUUGUCUGAAGAACUGAAAUGACUUUCCUUUCAGCAGAGCGUAUUUUCUGACCUUGGAUGGAUGUAGUACUCUACAAAAAGAAUACGAUAUCAAUGAUGCUUUAUAAUGUAACUUGUCUGAAAUUAAGUAGAGAUUACGUUGUUUUUCAAAUUUCAUUUUUAAGUAUCAGCAUGUAUAAAAAUAAACAUAUAAAACCUUUUUUACAAGGUGUAAUUUAGGUGUCAUUUACUUUUCAACAGCUUUCUGAUGAGCUGUUGAUGUCAUUGUUUCACGUUUUCAACUUGUACUUACUUGUUAAAUUUCAGAAUUUAUAAGUGUUUCUGUCACUUCUUUCAGUGGUUGGAUUUUCUGUUGAGGACCAUCAUCAGAACUAAUAUUCAAAAGCAGAAGAUGCAUAUAGUGCUUUUGAGAAUGACUGAAUUAAUGUAUUAAAAAAUAUGAAAAAAACAUUCAAUGCAAACAUUUUUUUGUCUUGCUGAAAGAUCUGUCUUUUGUCUGUUAAACUGUUGACAAUGACUGGACUCUGCUUAAGCUAGAAGUCACAAGACACAAAACAACUAUGGUCUAUGAGUAGUUUUAUUUCUAGAGUAAUAAUGUCUUUAAAUCAUUGCCAUUUAUUUAAUUUUGGCGAAUAGUAAAAAUGCUAAGCUUGACUAAGUAAGGGUUGAAGUGUUCAAACAUUUCUGUCUUUAUUACAAACAAAGCUCUUUCUGAUACGAAGAAAUUUCUUUUUUUAUCAUUUUUUUCAAAUAAGAUAUUGACUGUCUGCUUCCUAAAUAUAGAAUAAAGUUCUAUGUAUAUACAUAUUUAUUUUUAAAAGAAGGAGACUGCACAUUUUAAUUUUUCAUGUGUUUCCUCCUUUGUUUGGCAGUUUGAAAUUUUGUGUCCAAUAACCAUUGCUUUCUUUUAAGUAUAGAAAUUUGGACUACUGACUGAAUCUAGGAUUUAUUUUUGUGUACAGGAAGAAAAGCCUCCAUGUGAAGUAUCUUUUGAAGAGCCUAAAUGUGCUAUUACCAUUCAUUCAGAUUGUGAGUCUCCAUGAUUCAGCACCUUAAACUGAACAUGCUUUCACUUUUAACAAAAAUACCAUGUCAUCUUAUCGUAAAAGCUAAGAACACAAUUUUAGUCUGUCUUUGGAAGACUACUUUGCUUCAUAAAGUCACUGAAUGGAUCAUGGCUUAAAUGAUGACAGAGGAGUCUGGCCAUUGACCACAGUGGGUUCAGUAUGGUCCUUAAUACGUAAAUGAUUUCAGAAUUAUAUUUCUUGAUUAAAACUUUGAGAACUUUUGGUGAACUGUUUUUAUUUCAGGCUGUCAUCAUCUACUUACAGAAAGAUUAGAUUAUUACAUUGUUUUAUACAGUGAAAAAUAAGAAAUACAACAACAUUGAAAUCUAAGGCUAUUUUGCAAUUUUGUGUGAAAAAUCUUCAGACUUUUGUUAUCUACAGUUUGAUUGCUUAUGAAAAAAACAGUAUAUGCACUGAAAUCAGUCUUUACUAACAAGACUAAGUGUACUCAUCCAUCUCAUUAAAAAUAGUGACCUGGUUUAAAAAUGAAAGAAUAAUCCAUUGAAUUGUCAGUAAAAUGUUUAGGAAUUAGAAAGGUACAGUGAUCAACUAGUGAUUGUUUUUUUGUUUUUGUUUUUUGAAAGUAUAUGCUUUAUUUGCACUUUGUAUGACUUGAUGGCAGAUAUGUCAAGAUAUUGUAUACUAAGGUCUGGAACCAAAACCUUUUUGACAUUUCUGUAGGAAUUUGCGUACAGAAAGUUUUCAUAGAGGACAGAAAUGGAAAAUAAAUAAUUGUCGUAGCUGUUAAAUUUCUGUACUCAUACAACAAAUUUUACAAAUUCCUGGAACUUUUUGAUUUAUUAAAAUGGAGAUAGGAAUCCUCUGUUUACUUCAAGAAAGACUGCCCCAAAACUUCUUAAUGAAUUUAGCAUUCGAAAAUGGAAUGAAGAAAGCUCCUACAAGAUGUCACUUUUAGACACAAUAACCAAACA